AUGGCUGCCAUCAAGUUGCGAGAGUUCAUUGAUUGCCGCCCAAGCAUCCCAUCCAGUGUAUACAUUGCUCACCAAGGAAAAGACCUUCAAGGCUAUUAUACAGGGCAGUUGGCAAGAGUCCAUUUUGAUCAUGGUGUGAAGAGACCUCCCAGAUAUGCAAAGCCUGGAGCAUCGUGGUAUAAUGAAACCACAUAUCAAAGGGACUACACUCUGCCAUUUUACAAGAUUGAUUGGAACCAGAAAUUAGCCACAAUAUCAUCGAAUCCUAGGCCACUCUGCUGUUGUGAAGAAAAAUGUGACUUUGAAAGACACACUUAA